UCUGUUUCAUUAUUCUCGCUACAUAUGCGUGCCGCACACGUAUUUGCCCGUGCUGCUGCUGGCGUGUGUUUUUCAAAUCGUGGCACAUAACGGAAAAGCCGAGCUGAGUUGGCAAUCUUGCGCUUGGCGGUGACAAGUCUGUCCGCUGCGCGCUGUGUAUAAUAGUAUAGAGUGUGGCGUGUGUAACCUAGAAAAAGCUCAUCUGUGAGAGAAAACUGGCGGAAUUUCAAGCGGCCUUUAAUGAACCGUACUUAAUACCAAAGACAACGCGUUCGCAAAAACGCCAGUAUUUAAUGAGAGAUGAGCGGUCAAAAAUUUCAAUAUGACGAGAGCGGAGGAACGUUUUUCUACUUUCUGCUCUCCUUCCUGGCUCUACUACUUAUACCCAGUACAUUUUACCUGUGGCCACGUCGCCCAAAGCCAGAUCCUGAACAGGUAACGAAGGAGUGUCACUGCGAUGGAUGCAAAAAGAAGAAAAUCAUUCUUCAGAAGAGUGACCCUUGGAAGGAAACCAAAGCUCUCUUCAGGAAAUUACUCAUCAUCUCAGGAUGGGUACUGCUUGCCUUCCUUGCCUACAAAGUCUCACAAUUUGAUUAUGAGAUGGCUAACUUCGACCCAUAUGAAAUAUUGGGUGUUUCACCGGGUUCUUCCGCUGCUUCAAUCAAAAAAGCUUACAGACAGCUUUCUUUGAUUCUCCAUCCUGAUAAAGAGACUGGAAAUGAAAAAGCAUUUAUGAGACUAACCAAAGCUUACCAAGCAUUGACUGAUAAAGAAGCAAUGGCGAAUUGGGAGAAGUAUGGAAAUCCUGAUGGUCCAGGUGCAAUGGGUUUUGGUAUAGCCUUGCCAUCAUGGAUUGUUGAGAAAGAAAAUUCUAUGUGGGUGUUAGGUGCCUAUGCGCUUGUCUUUAUGUUGGCCUUGCCCAUUGCUGUAGGAAUGUGGUGGUACAGAAGUAUCAGAUACACUGGUGACCAGGUUUUACUAGCCACAACAAAGAUGUACUAUGCCUUCUUCCAUAAUACUCCUACUAUGACUUUGAAGAGAAUCAUCAUGGUUCUUGGAGCUUCUUUUGAAUUUGAAAAAAAGCACAAUGCUGAUAUAGUGGAGAGGUUGUCGGAUAAUGAAGAAGUACCUGCACUUAUUAGACAGUUGCAAAACUUGGGCGAGAAAAACAGAGAAUAUCCUCUUUGCCUAAUGUAUUCUAUCAAAGCUAGAGCUUUGAUACAUGCUCAUCUAUCACGAAUGAACUUGAACCCCGAGACACUAGAAAAAGAUAGACAAUAUAUUGUAAAAAAAUGUCCAUACUUGAUUCAAGAAAUGAUUUCUUGUGUAAAUCAACUCAUUGUAUUAGCUUAUGCUAGACAAGUUCAGCACUUGCCAACAAUAACAACAAUUGAAAACUGCAUGAAGCUUUCUCCUAUGAUUGUCCAAGCUUUUUGGGAGUUUAAGAAUCCUCUACUGCAGCUACCUCACAUUUCAGAAGAUCACCUUAAAUAUUUCAAAGCUAAGAAGGUCAAAAGUCUUCAAGAAUUUGCGCAGCUCAAGCGCGAGGAUAGAAGAUCAAUUUUGCGUGGUUUGUCUGAUAGUCAAUUUGAUGAUAUAAUGAAAGUAUUAGGAAAUAUGCCUUUUAUUGACUUCAAAGUUAGAUCUGAAGUUAUCGACGACGAGAACUCCACCGAUUACACGGCAGGUGCAAUCGUAACUGUAACCGUUACCCUCACUCGCAAGGAUAUGGCUCACCUGUUUGGCGACGACACGGUCAAGGAGAAGACAGUCAUCGAGGAUUCAAAGGAAGACGUGGAAAAGGAGAAGGACGAGGUAGACGAUCAGAACCAGGCAGCAGCUAAGAAGCCUGCAUGGAUGCGGCAGCGUAAAGUUCAAAAGAAGUCGCACAGCAAGAAGGGGCCAAACAAGAAGCCAGCAUCGACCAAACCAACCACAGCAGCGAGCGAAAACGGCGUUUCUAGUCAACAGAAUAGCGCAUCACCGAAAAUCAAGAAGGAAAAGAAGGAGGACAGGGAAGCCAAGGAAACCAAGGAAAGUACCAAGGAAAAGGCGAAUGCUUCAGACGCAAGCGACAGUGAGGCUAACAAGAGUGACAGCAGUGAUGACGAGGAUAGCUCGCCAGAAACUGCGAAAAAACGACAGCAGGACUCGGAAGUGGGUGAUGACGAUACCGAAUGGAACAAGUUCCAGCAGCGGCUAUCGAAACGCGACCGCAUUCUCGAAGGUCGCAGUAACAACUCGCACCAGGUACACUGCCCCUACUUCCCCGAGGUGAAGCAAGAAUAUUGGUGGGUGUAUAUCUGCGAUCGCAAGAGCUUGACUCUGCUGACGGCGCCGGUUCAUGUGACCUCGCUCGUUGACACCGAGGAAUUCCAGCUACGCUUUACCGCGCCUCUUUGGCCCAACGUCUAUACUUUCACGGUCUGUCUCAGGAGCGAUUCCUACCUUGGUUUCGACCAACUACAUGAUAUUAAGUUGGACGUGAAAGAGGCAGCGCCCAUUCCGAUGGAUCACCCGCAAUGGGAGAUGUCGGACGAGGAUACGGCUGAGGACGUCGACGCCGCAGACGAACAUUCCGAGUUCACGACUGACGAAGACAUCAGUGACAAUGAAUGAACACUUGUUGUGUCUCCGAAUAGAAAGGCAAAAGACGCGCCGACGACGUGAGCGCACCAAGCGCAACGGCUCAUGUCGACUUCUGCGCAUGAAAGGGAUAUUAAUAAAUAAAACUAUAUAACGAAGAACCAGGAGAAGGAUGAAUCAGAGGAUCAUGAAAAAAUACUAUAGACUGGACGGGUGUUUUGUAUGUGAAAAUAUAUAGUAUAUAUAGUUGAUGUGUGCAUAAUUUAACAACAUACUGGGGAAGUAGCGCAAUACGUGGAAUUUUUCAGCUGAAUCGUGCAUAGCGUAUAUAUGAUGAAAAAAAUCGAAAGAAAUGGAACAGAGUACGAUAUUUAUUUUAUCAUUGUUAAUUGAUUAUUGAUUUUUGGAGAGCAUGUGUGCACAACUUUUUAAUAAAAUGGAAUUGUCUAUAUGUUUAACUAUACAAUGUCUAAUAUUGAUUAAGAUGAAAAUAAAUUUUUACUAGUAGUCUUUUUAAGUAAUUUUAAUUUUUGGCAGCUCAACUAUGCUCUGUGUUCCGAUUUUUUACUUAUUUAUUUGCUCAAAUGUCAACUUUCAAUCGAAAUCACUGAUUAUGUUAAUAUUUUUUUGGGAAUUAGAGUAACUUUUUAAUUCAUUUAUCGAUUUACCGGAUUAUUCAACACCAAUUUUAUUACAUGAAGCGUAAAUAUUUUCAUAGAAUUAAUAAAGCAAUAUUUAUUUUUAAUUUAA